GCGAUUAAUUACCGCUUUGCCAUCGGCUCCUCCAUUUUCUUUCUCCUUCCUCUUCUGCGCCCUAAUUUUUUGCAGAAGAAGAAGAUGGAGUCGGAGGACGAUAUGCACGACGCCAACGAUGCCGAGUCCCUCGACGACUUCUACAGCGGCGAGACUGCCGCCGACAGCGACGACCUCGACGCUGCCGACUACGAGUUCAUCGACAACGACUCCGAUGACUCCGAUGACCUCACCUCCCACCGCCACCAGCAAAACUAUACCAUUUUGACUGAAGCAGAUAUUCGUCAACGUCAAGAGGAUGAUAUUACAAGGAUAUCCACCGUCCUCUCUAUACCAAGGGUUUCAGCUAGCAUCCUUCUCCGCCACUAUUAUUGGAGUGUCAGUAAAGUGCAUGAUGAAUGGUUUGCUGAUGAAGAGAAGGUCCGAAAGGCUGUUGGCUUGUUAGAGAAACCAGUCGUUCAAUUCCCUAAUGCUAGAGAGCUGACUUGUGGGAUAUGUUUUGAAAACUAUCCUCGUGAUAGGAUAAGUUCUGCUGCUUGUGGUCACCCUUUCUGUGGUACAUGCUGGGCAGGUUAUACUAGUACAGCAAUUACUGAUGGUCCUGGAUGUUUGAUGUUGCGCUGUCCUGAUCCAACCUGUGGUGCUGCUGUUGGUCAGGACAUGAUAAAUUUAUUGGCUUCUGAUGAAGACAAAGAGAAGUAUUCUCGUUACUUUCUUAGAUCUUAUAUUGAAGACAAUAGGAAGACCAAAUGGUGUCCCGCUCCAGGCUGUGAUUAUGCAGUUGAUUUUAUUGUUGGUAGUGGAAGCUAUGACGUUUCCUGCCGCUGCUCAUAUAGCUUUUGCUGGAAUUGUACAGAGGAAGCUCACCGUCCUGUUGAUUGCGGCACUGUGGCCAAGUGGAUUUUGAAGAAUAGUGCUGAGUCUGAGAACAUGAAUUGGUUGAACACAAUAUCACAGAUAUUGGCUAAUUCCAAGCCUUGUCCAAAGUGUAAGCGGCCAAUCGAAAAAAACCAAGGUUGUAUGCAUAUCACAUGCACACCGCCAUGUAAAUUUGAGUUUUGCUGGCUUUGUCUUGGUGCAUGGUCGGAUCAUGGUGAGAGGACAGGCGGUUUUUAUGCAUGUAACCGUUAUGAGACAGCAAAGCAAGAGGGAGUGUAUGAUGAGGCUGAGAAACGAAGGGAUAUGGCUAAGAACUCUUUGGAGAGAUAUACUCAUUAUUAUGAACGAUGGGCGACCAACCAAUCUUCUAGGCAGAAAGCACUUGCAGACCUACAGCAGAUGCAAAUUGUAAAUAUUGAGAAGCUGAGUGAUAAGCAGUGCCAGCCCGAGUCACAACUCAAGUUCAUAACAGAGGCCUGGUUGCAGAUAGUUGAAUGUAGGCGAGUUCUAAAAUGGACAUAUGCCUAUGGAUAUUAUUUACCUGAGCAUGAACAUGCUAAGAGACAGUUCUUUGAGUACUUGCAAGGUGAGGCUGAGUCUGGCCUGGAACGACUUCAUCAAUGUGCAGAGAAGGAGCUACAAACAUAUCUCGAUGCAGAUGGCCCAUCAAAAGACUUCAACGAGUUCCGCACAAAGCUAGCUGGGCUAACCAGUGUGACGCGAAAUUACUUUGAGAAUCUGGUCCGAGCUCUGGAGAAUGGUCUGUCAGAUGUGGAUUCCCGUGGUGCCUGCAGCAGGACUGCAAGUUCUAAAAGUUUGGGAGGUGGGAGCAGCAAGGCAAAAGGUGGGAGGGGCAAGGGAACAUCAUCCCGAUCAAGUAGUUCCAGUAGAAACCUUGAUGAUUCAGGCCAUUGGUCUUGUGAACAUUGCACUUUUGCCAAUGUCAGGUCCGCCACUAUUUGCCAGAUUUGCCAGCAACAGCGGUAAACCUCAUUUCCACAACACAGAGGUGACUGGACAUGUAGGGAUGGGCUUUCCCUUUUUGGUCUAGUCAGUCUAAUGGCAAAAUUCUCUGGAUCAUUCCUGGGGGAUCAAUCAAGCAGCUCCAGAAUCAUUAACUCAAUGACAAAGGGAAGUAGUACCAAAAUAAGGAUCGGCAGUGGGGAAGGAGGAGAAAAACCUAGUAUGCCUUUUUCUGUUACCUAUAUAUCAUCUGUAAAUAGUUCCUGUUGUUGUCUGUGCCCCUCAUGACUCUCAUAUUGGAGACCGAUGAGAACACAUCCUCUGUAAUUUAAUGGUGUCAUUAUUUAGCUACUUAAUAGAUUUGUAGCAAAGCUUGAAGCUUUCAAGUGGAUUGUACGAGUUGGAUUCCCUUCAGGGCAAGUAGCUGCCUUGAUCCCUGCAAGAACGAAUAAAUAUGCAUUACUUCAAUCACCAUACUGGGGAAUGUUCUUUUCCUCUUCCCCUAGUUCUUUGGGUUCUCUCCAGUUUUUGUUCUUUGACUGAAGCUGUUUGCUGAAAGCAUUAAUGAUGAAACUAGUAUCUAUUUGGAA